AUGUCGUCGUCGGUGUUUUACAAGUUCAAGAACUCCAAGGAGCCGGAGCGCUAUGCCUUUGACGGCAAUGAAAUCUCCGUAUUCGAGCUCAAGCGAGCCAUCAUCGAAGCCUCUGGCAUGGCCAAGAGCACCGACCUCAACCUCCACAUCUACCAUGAAGACGAACCGAGCAAAGAGUACGACGACGACACAACAACCAUACCGCGCACAAGCACCGUCAUCGCCGUACGGCGACCAGCAGCGCGUGGAUUCAGUAAGAUCGCACGCUACGUUUCCGGCAAGCCUCCCGCACGUGCGAUCAAGAAAGACGCAGCCCCGGUUGUAGCCCCUCGCCCUAGUGGCGGCGCAACCGAAACUGAUGCAGAAGCUGCCUUCCUGGCAGAGUCUGCACAGGUCUGGGAUGCGCAGAAGGAAUCAUUAUCACACGCAAAGCCUGUAUACAAUAAGAAGAAGCCCGUCAAUGUCCCGAAUUACGAUCCACCAUCUGGCUACGUGUGCCGGCGCUGCGGCGUAAAGGGCCACUGGAUCCAACAAUGUCCUGAGAACGACAACCCCGACUUCAAACCCGUACACUGCCCCAAGCGCACGACUGGAAUCCCCAAAUCCUUCCUCAAGGUCGUCGAUAAGUCGGAAAUGGACGAAGACGCAAAGGGUGUCAUGCUGAACGCCGAUGGAGAGUACGUACAGGUCAUGACAGACACAAAAACCUGGGAGAAGUUCCAAGAGAAGACACAAGCUACAAAGGUGCAGGCUGCCAAUGCCGAUGCUGCAAGCAAGGAGGUUCGCGAGCGGGGGCUGGAGUGCCCACUCGACAACAGGAUGUUUGUUCAGCCGGUGAAGACGGCUUGCUGCGAGAAGACCUACUGCAACGAUUGUAUUGAGUCAUCACUAGCAGACAAUGAUCUUAUUUGCCCCAAUUGCGGAGAGGAGACUCUGAUCGAAUUCACACCUGACAAGGAAAUGGAGGCCAAGAUUCGCGACUAUGAGGCCGAGAAGGCAAAGGCAAAGGCCGAGUUAAAGGCUGAGAAGGAAGCAGCGGCGAAGGAGGAGAUGGCGACGGCAGAAGCAGCAGCAAAAGCAGCAACUGAAGUCGAGAAUGCGAGUGCGAAUGCCAAUGUACCACAAAAUGAAACACCUGUUGUUCCGAAUGAAAAAGAGGAACCAACUUCUGAUUCUGAGUCGAAAAAGCGGAAAUCACCACCCACAGAGAUCCAGCCGCCAACGGCGCCCAAAGCUAUGCGCCAGCAACAGCAACCGCCCCAAAACACUAUGGAACAGGACUUUAUCGCACAAAUGGAGGCGCUGAAGAACAUGCCCAUGAACAUGCAGCAGAACAUGCCCAAUACGCCCAUGAACAUGAUGAGCAGCGGUAUGCCCAGCGGCAUGCAAAUGCCCGGCAUGAAUAUGGGCAUGAACAUGAACAUGCCUAUGAUGCCGGGCAUGCAGAUGCAGAUGCCCAUGGGCAUGAACAUGCCUAUGAACAUGAACAUGAACAUGCCCUUCCACCAAAACAUGCCGUCUAACAUGAACAUGCAGAUGAACAUGAUGGGCAACAUGAACGGCAACAUGAACGGCAACCCUGGCGCAGGCGCUGGAGGCUUCUACGGCCAGCAGAACGGCGCUACCGCUCAGUUUAACGACGCUUAUGACCGCCAGCCCGUCAAUCCGAACCGCCAGCAGAGGAAGAAGCCCAGGGCGCCGGAUUACCGGUACUUGUAG